ACUUUCAGCAAAGAAGGCUUGCCGUUUUAUCAAAGCACUAAACCCCCUGAACCUCAUCCUCUCGCAGCUACCUCCCCGCUCGUAAGUCCUCCUCUUUCAGGUUUGAGCGAGAGCUUAAACCCCAAAUCUCCAAUCAAAAUUCGCUCUUUUGGGUUUCACGCUUCUUCAGACUGUAUGGGUUGCAGAGUUUAGUCUCAGUACAAGUUCGUUUAAUUUCUGAAAGAGCUCUUCAUGACGUCUCUCUCCUUCACUCAGUUCCUACCAUUCCCCAGAUACAAUGCAGAUGUUGUUCCUUGUCUCCAGUCACUAGGCUUUGUGAAGUUUAGAGGUGAGAGAUUGAACGGGAAACAAGGCUUUUUAGUGGUUGCUGGUAGGAGAAAGUUAUCAGAGUCUGCACCUCUUGAUGAAGACGACGGUGGAAACGGCGCUGUUGGGGGAAAGAAACCAACCAAAGCUCCUAAGAGGAGGGGUGCGAGAACAACGAAGAAGAAGGUUGUAGCAAAAAAGGAUGAACCUUUAGAAGAAAGCUCUCAGCUUUUGGUAGCUAGUGAUGAUGUUUCAGACAACGAAAGCGACACAAAGACAGAGCCACGGAGAGCUAGAAAGAAAGCUUCACCAGCAGCAGCUUCUUCUGAUGUGGAGGAAGCAAAAACCGAGAAGAAAGUGAGACGAAAGAGGACUACUAAGAAAGAUAAACAAGUAGAGGAAGGUUUAGUUACAUAUGAUGAGGCUAGUGAUGUCGAUGAACCUUUGACCGUUGAAGCCACUGAUGCUGACAGUGAAGGAGAAGAGAUUGAUCUAAGCAAACACGAAAGCGAAGAUAUAAGUCACACGUACGGAUGGCCUCCUCUAGUGUGUUGCUUUGGAUCUGCACAACAUGCUUUUGUGCCAUCAGGGAGACCAGCGAACAGGCUUUUAGACUACGAACGACAAGAAAGGAUGAAAGACGCUGUGUGGGCUCCGGAGAAGUAUAUCAGAGCUCCUGGAGGAUGUGCAGGAGGUGUUGCUAUCGCUCUUGCAAGCUUGGGUGGUAAGGUUGCUUUUAUGGGCAAACUUGGAGACGAUGACUUUGGUCAAGCCAUGUUGUAUUAUCUGAAUGUGUGCCAAGUCCAAACAAGAUCGGUGAAGAUUGAUAGUAAAAGGGUCACCGCGUGUUCUACUAUGAAGAUUAGCAAGAGAGGUCGCUUGAAAUCGACUUGUGUCAAACCAUGUGCUGAGGAUUCUCUUUCAAAAUCUGAAAUCAACGUUGAUGUCCUCAAAGAGGCGAAGAUGUUCUACUUCACUACGCACUCUCUGCAGGAUAAGAAGAUGAUGUCAACUACAUUACAAGCCAUCAAGAUAUCAAAGCAACUAGGGAAUGUUAUUUUCUAUGACUUGAACCUUCCCUUGCCUCUAUGGCAAUCUCGGGAAGAAACCAAGAGUCUCAUACAAGAAGUGUGGGAUCUUGCGGACGUCAUUGAAGUCACUAAACAGGAGCUUGAGUUCCUAUGCGGAAUAGAGCCAACUGAAGAGUUCUAUACUAAAAACAAUGACAGCAGUAAGUUUGUCCACUACGAGCCGGAAACAGUGGAGCCGCUUUGGCAUGAGAAUCUCAAGGUUUUGUUUGUGACCAAUGGCACUUCUAAGAUUCAUUACUAUACCAAAGAGCACAAUGGUGCUGUUCUUGGGAUGGAGGAUGUUCCCAUCACUCCUUUCACGAGGGAUAUGUCGGCAUCUGGAGAUGGCAUUGUUGCAGGUCUGAUAAGAAUGCUUACGGUUCAGCCAGAUCUUAUGAAUGAUAAAGGGUACUUGGAGCGGACAGCAAGAUAUGCAAUUGAGUGUGGAGUUGUUGAUCAAUGGUUGCUGGCACAAACUCGAGGAUAUCCUCCAAAGGAUGAUAUGGAAGAAGAAGAUGAGGAUGAUGAAGACGACGAAAUGGAAUUAGAUCCAAAUGGUAUAAGAUCGAUAACAGAGAGGGAAUACCGAACCUCAAAGCCUUAUGAUGAACCAGAUGGUCCAUACGUUAUGAAACCAGAAGAGGAAAGGGAGUACCGGAAGCUAGAGCUUGUUGGUUCAGUGGGUGAAGAUGAUGAUAGUUCUUGAUACUAAAAAGUUUUGAUUCUUUUUUUUUUGUUUGUUAGUUCUUUUCCUUGUUCACAUCUUAGAACAUUUCAGUAGUGCGUAAACUUUCAUAUGUUUAAAUAUUUCACUCACCAUUUCAAGUAGUA